UCUCGCGGGCUUUGUUUUGAUAAUGGCGGCAGGAUUCGAAAUCUUUGUUUGCUUCAUACGUAUUACAUAUUCUUUUUCACAUGCAAGACGUUCAUCUUGCUUAUAACAGCGAACGCUUGUUGAAGCAUCCUGGUUUCGGCAUGUCAUCACCGUCCGAGCUUCAGUACUGCUCGGCGGACUUCCUGACCAAGUGGAUGCCGAGCAGCACCAGAGCCGGGGUGAUCCUCAGUCCAACCCCGGAGCUAGCGGGGUCGUUGCGGCACAACGCCGCCGCGGUGCCCGCUCCCCUGCGUCCGGAUGAUUCCUUCGUCUCCGAUUUCGCUCCGCUGCCUGCCUCCACGGACAGCAGCUGCCUCGGUGCGGACGGAUGGGGAGAGGGAACCGAGCCGGUCAGCUACCUGCGGCCUGCGCCACAGGGAGUCUCAGACGGACACGUCGAGAAUUUGGGGGAGAUAAUGAGCAAAACCCGAGAUCUACCUCUGAUGAUGAAGCUGGAAGAGCUGAGAAAAUGGCAGCAGCACAUGCACGAGCAGCUGAAAGCCCACCAGCUGGAGGAGCUGCUGUGUUUGGAGGAGCAGCAGCACAGAGUGCUCGGGAUCGGGGACGCACCUCGGAUCUGCACCGAAGAAAAUCCAGGGCUGCCAGGAGCUCAAUGGAGAAAAGACACAGUCCAACGCAGCCCUGACAGGAACUGCGGCCUGCGGCCGGAGCUGCAGCUCCAUGACCAGCAGGAGCAUGAAGACGAUGAGGGCAUGUGGGACUCCGACAAAGAGAAUCCGAAGCCGAGUUUAGAGUCAGACGAUGCAUUCAUGCAGCCGGACACCAACAGCAGGCAACAGGAAAAUGACUUGCAUGACAGACCCAUAAAACCAGGUAUUGGGGGGCAGAAGAAAACCUUUGAGGAGCUUCUGGAGGAGCAGCUGAGGCUGGAGGAGCAGAGGUUGAAGUCUGCCCGGCAACAGCCUAAGCCAGCCAGGCCUGAAACCGCGUUUCCUCCCAAGCGGCCCUUUCUGAAACGAGGCCAGGGCCUCUCCAGAUUCACCAGCAGCUCCAAGGCUUCUUCAUGGCAGAAAGCCAAGGACAAGAAAGAGCAGAAACCACAGGCCAUCAUCCGCAGCAACUCUGCGCCCGGAUCCAUCCUGAAGGGCAGCUCCAGCACCGGCCCGCCACUUCCCGUCCAACGCAAAACCGCCAUACUCAACAAGGAGAACCGAGGAAGGGGGCUGCGUUCGCCGCUGCAGGACGUCAAGGCUGAGGGCGGGGCCGCGCGGACAACCAGGGUCCUGGGGAGUCAUCAGAGACAGAACACCAGACCUGCUACCAGUCAGAGUGCACCGGAACCCAGACCGGUAAAGCAUCUGCUGGGGCCGGAGAAGGAAUAUAGUACAGGUGUCCCAGUCCAGGUCGUGAGGAACACCGGUCCCAAUCUGCAGCCGAAUCCUGUGAUCAAACAGGUGGGGUUGUCAGGCGAUGCCGGGAAAGAGAAGAAUUGUGUUUCUAAAGCGCAGUCGGCCGGAGCGGGAGGUGGAGGCAGACUUCCUCAGGAUUCCUUCGAGCUGUCGUUCCAGGAGAAGCUGCAGCGGUGGGAGUGCAACCGGCAGCUGGAGAGCAUGGAGCUGGGAGAGUUUGAGCUGCUGGAGCAAGCGGCCGAGGAGCUGUCCUUCUCAUCCAACUCCUCCUUCGUCAUGAAGGUUCUUUGCUUGGACCAGCAGAAAAGGCACUCUGCCAUUGGGCUCCACCACCAGAGGCGACUCUCCUCCACCCCAAUCAAGUCGGCAUCAGGAAGCGAACCUCAGAAGGGCGGCGGUGUCCGGUUCACCGACGGGUCGGAGCGUGACGGGAUUUCUCUGGAGUCAGUAGCAUCUGAGGGGAACAUGAGAGGCAAUGCGCUCGAGACUGAAGUAACCGAGCGAGGACUUGAAUCUGAGGAGCCGCACAACGACAAGAUUUCUGAUUUUGGAGGCAAAGAAAUCACUGUUUGUUUUUCAGCACCUUCUAACCCCGCUUAUGACAAGAGGUCUUACCAGGACGAGGAGAGUCCCGGAGACGAAGUGGAGGAAGACGAUGAAGGCGAGGAGAGCGACAGCGUCGCCAGCAACGCCGACGGUUCCACUCUGAUUGAGGACGGACGCGACGGGCAGAGGGAGGUCAUAUUUGACGAUGACGACACUUGGAAUGACCUGGACGAUACGGCCGUCACAGAGGAAAGCGACAGUCGGGGGAUCAGUCCGGUUCCCAAGCCGACAGCCGGCACAGUUUCCCCACAGGAGAAGGCGAUGCUGAGGAAAGUAGCGGUGAGCAGAGCUGUGGAGCUGGAUGAAGGCCCGGAGACCGAACUCGCACCAGCUUCCCAACUCAUGACCAGACUGUUCCCCUCGUUAAAGCCCAAAGCUCAGAGCGCACCUCCACCUGCUCCACCUGCUCCACCUGCUGCAUCUGAGAACAGGAAACAGGACGAGACAGCCCAGCAGGUCCAAUCCAGACAGCUCAGAGAGAGGCUGGCUGAGCUGGAGAUGGAGAUAGAGAGGUUCAAGAAAGAGAACGCUGCACUGACCAAGCUCAGGCAGGAGAACGAGAGAAGACAGGAAGACCUCAGGAAAGAGCGUUUGAUGUUCGAGCAAACAAAAGCCGAAGAGCUGGCCAAUUUCGAGGAGCACAAGAGGGAGGAGAACAGGAAACUGCAGAAAGAGCGCAAACUGUUUGAGAAGCACAUGUCGGCGGCCAGAGCCAUCCCUGACAAAAAGGAACGGGAGGAAAUCCAGUUGCUGAAGCAGCAGCUGAGCUCCCAGCAGGAGGAGCUAAAGAGGAGGGAGAGCCGCUGGGCCUCCACACACAGCCGCCUGCGGCAGCAGAUCGACUCCCUCCACCAGGAGAACGGCGCUCUGCGGGACGAGAUUCGAACGCUGGAGAAGCUGCGCCUCAGUGCCUGGAAGAAAAGCGCCGCCUCUGCAGAGAAAGGCGUCCAAACGAAGGACGGACCCAGAGCCUCGGACAGCAGCGUGGCUAAGGGAGUGACGUUUGCGACUCCUCUGGACUCUAGGGGAAGCAGCUCCAGCCCUCCGCUCAGCUCAGCAGGAAGGAGCCUGAAGGAUAACAGCCAAGCAGCCGCAGCAGGGAUGAAAAGCAGCCUGAGGAGGUCGGUGGGUUCUCUGUCGUCCUCUUCGACGUUUUCUGGAAGAAAGACGGAAGAAAAGCCAAGACCCACAAGCAGGAGCCAGGAAAGAGCAUCCAACCAGAAACCAGAGCAUUCACACUCUCCAAGAAUAGAUCUCAAGCCAGAGCGACCAGAAAGCUGCGAGUCCCGUGAUCCAGAACUGCCUGGGGAGAUCAUCACACACCCUGACGGCAAGGUGGAGAAGGUUCUGGCCGGCGGCGAUCGCGUCAUCGUCUUUCCCAACGGCACGAGAAAAGAAGUUUCAGCAGACGGGCUUUCGGCCAAGGUCACCUUCUUCAACGGAGACACGAAACAAAUCACAGCCGAUCAGAGAGUGAUCUACUACUACGCUGAGGCUCAGACCACACACAUCACGUAUCCUGACGGUAUGGAAGUGCUACACUUUCCCAACAACCAGACAGAGAAACAUUUUCCAGACGGCCGCAAAGAAAUCACCUUCCCAGAUCAGACGGUGAAGAAUCUGUUUCUUGAUGGCAGAGAGGAAAGCGUGCUGACAGACGGGACCAUCAUCCAGGUCAACCCAGACGGAACCAAAGAGAUCCACUUCAACACAGGCCAGAAGGAAAUACACACGGCUGAAUACAAGAGGCGGGAGUAUCCAGACGGCACAGUGAAGACCGUUUACGCCGACGGCAGGCAAGAAACUCACUACCCCACAGGGCGGCUUAGGGUCAAGGACAAAGAUGGAAACGUCGUGCUGGACAACCUGGUAUAACUCGCCGCACUGAACCAGCAUUUGCUGUUUUAAAAGAUGGAACUGAGAGCUGCUUAGUUUCAUUGAGUGCCUCCUCGUCUUUAAAGCAUUACAACAAAAUACUAGGUAAAAGUUUAACACUUACAUGGAUUUUGUUUUAUAUAUGUGUAACAUUGAAUAUUUAUUUUGUAGAAGGA